GCAACACUGUGCUCGAGUAAACAUUAGCUCCGUUCUUUUUAUCACAUUAAAUAAAAUUAACGCGCUAUUAUUAUAAGAAUUGUACAUAGUGUUCACGAAACUGAGAACUUACAGUGAAAUCAAAUAUAUGAAUUACAUAUUCAUUCGCAUAAAAGUAAAAAUAAACAAUAAAACUCUUUCAAUAUUAGCAACAUAAUUUUACGUUACAAUUGAAAACAUUCAACUGAAAACCACAACUGUGUCAAGAUUACACUAAGAAGAGAAACAUAUAUCACAACUGCAGAACAAAGGAAUUAUUAUGGCAUAUUUGCUGAAGACAAUCUACAGAAGUUCUCGUGUAGGCACUCUAUAUUACUCAAGAUAUCGCAGCACCAACCCUCAACGUAUUGUCUAUUCAGAAGAAGUUUCUCAAGCGAAACUAGAUGGAAAGCCUAUAGUUGCACUGGAAUCUACGAUAAUUACACAUGGAAUGCCUUAUCCCAAGAAUUUGCAGACUGCGCUACAAGUUGAACAAAUUAUUAGAGAAAAAGGUGCGACACCAGCGACUGUGGCUAUCCUCAAAGGACAGUUAACAGUGGGCUUGACUAAGGAACAAUUGGAGUACUUAGCACAGAGCAAGAAUGCAGUGAAAGCAUCACGCAGGGACCUGGCGCCGGUAGCGGCCGCUGGUCUGGACGGUGCCACCACUGUCGCUGGCACCAUCAUCGCCGCUGAGCUAGCUGAUAUACCGAUUUUCGUGACGGGCGGCAUAGGUGGUGUUCACCGCGAAGGAGAAAAGACUCUAGAUGUGUCAGCGGACCUGAACGAACUCGGUCGAAGCAAAACCCUUGUUGUGUGCAGCGGAGUAAAAUCAAUUCUAGACAUUGGUAGAACACUGGAAUAUUUAGAAACUCAAGGUGUAUGCGUAUGUUCAUACGGUGACUCUAACGAUUUCCCUGCAUUCUAUACGCCGCGGUCUGGCUAUCGUGCUCCAAACCGAGUAGCAGACGCAAGACAAGCCGCACAAUUAUUGUUUUCUGCACAUACUUUGCAGUUACAAUCCGGUAUAGUUAUUGCGGUGCCGGUUCCUAAAGAAUACGCUAUGGACGAAAAAGUAAUAGAAGAAGCAAUACAACUUGCUCUAGAAGAAGCAAAAAAGAAGGGAAUCCAAGGCAAGGAAAUCACACCUUUCAUUCUAGCGGCGGUAGCAAAAGCCACAGGGGGUUCUUCUCUUGAAGCCAACAUGGCUCUCAUAAAGAAUAACGCCAAAGUAGGUGCUGAAAUAGCAGUUGAAUUCAAAAAACUCAACAAUGUUAAUAAUCCGAAUGUCAAAUUCCUAAAGAAUAAAAAGGAUAAACUAAAAUCUACGGCAGUUAAAUCAGGCAACGAUGUCCUGGUGAUAGGCGGUGCUAACGUAGAUCGAACCUACUCAGUGACUGAAGAUCAUGUAAAGUUAGACGGGAGCACCCACCCGUGCACGACAUUACAAUGUGCGGGCGGCGUGGGACGGAACAUUGCAGAGAUUCUGUGGCGACUACAGCGAGGCAAAACUCGCCUGUUGACGGCUAUCGGGGACGACGCGGACGGGUGCUAUCUCCUUGACAAUAUUCCGGGACUUAUAAUUGAAGAUUCUAUCGUUGAAGGGGGUAGAACUCCGAGCUACGCAGCCGUGUUGGAUGCAAAUGGAGAGUGCCAACUAGGUCUAGGGGACAUGGCGCUUUACGACCAUAUCACUAUUGAUCUCGUAAACAAACACAUAAAUUUGCUGGAGCAGGCACCACUUGUUAUCCUAGAUGGCAAUGUUCCGCAAAGCACGAUGAACUACGUGAUACAAGAAUGCAACAAACUAAAUAAACCAGUAUUCUUUGAGCCAACGGAUAAAAGAAAAGCAAUAAAGCCGCUGAACUCCGACUGCCGACUUAUGUAUUCUUCACCAAAUAUAGCAGAACUAAGAGCAAUGGCAAAAUGUACGUCGUCCGCGAAUGAUACGUUGUACGAAUCUGAUGAGCUUUUAGAAAUUACACAGCUAGCUAAAAUCGUUUUAAAAAAGAUUCGUGUUCUUAUCAUCACUAUCGGAGCUAAAGGGUUGAUAAUCGUUACUAGUAACGAAAAUGGCGAUCCAGAGGCACGAUUAUAUCCAGCAGAAACAAUAGAUAAUAUAAUAAACGUGUCUGGGGCAGGUGACUGCUUUGCUGGAGGCUACAUAUUCGGUUUGCUCUCAGGCUUAGAUGAAUCCUGUUGUGUAACUGUGGGAUUUCAAGCAGCAAAAGCUGCCCUACUUUCAAAAACCACUGUGCCCUCUGAAAUAAAUGUUGAUCUUAUAUAUAAAGCUAAACAUUUUAAAUUAGAUAUAAAAUAAUAAGCACCUUUUUACUUUGAAAUAAAAAUAUUUAAUAUGUCCUUAUAUAAAUCGUUAUUAGUAGUGAAGAGGUACUGAUAUGUAAGUACAAAUUGUUACAAUGAAGUUAGUAAACUAAUACAAACAAUAUUAAGUUCCAUAUCAAUGAACACAAUAUAUGUGCUAUAAUGAAUAUUUUAUUAGUUAUGUAUAUCAUAUAUAGGACAUGGUAUGACACUGAAGUACCUAUCUAAGUAAGUCUUGUGUAUAAGGCACAGAAAAAGGAUGAUAUGCACAGGUUGGACGAUUUUAAAUACAGAAGCAUGAAAAAAGUGCUGCCACUGUGGUAUCAAUAUGUAACGAACAGAUGGUAUACCCAUAGGUAUACAAAAUUAUUAUAACUCUAUUAAUGUUAAAAAAAUUAUAAAAAGUACAGAAAUGGCGAUAAUAUUGCUAAUAUGCAAAAAAUAUAAACGAACCGAGAACCUUUGGAAAUUUAUGGGUUUUUAUCUUUUAAAAAAGAAAUAAUAUAUUUUUCAGACAUGGGUACCCCAUUUUGACAUACAUAGCUAUAUGAAAUAUGUAUUAAAUUUACGAAAAUACUUAAAACAUGAAUACAUGCCUAUUAUAACAUGUAAAUUGAUUCUUAAGUAAUAUAAAUAUUAUCAGCCUUACUGUAUUUGUGUAUUUGUAAAUUGAAAUGAGAUUCAUUUUAAGAAAAAAUAGAUACAUAAUUUUCAUUCUUGAAUAGAUUUUAAUAUGCUAAUGCUUAACUCUAAAAAUGAGUAAGUGAUUAAUUGUAAAAUUUGUAGAGAUAUAUAAAAAAAUAGUAAUAUUUGGACAAAUUUAAAUAAAAUAAUUAUCAAGUAAGCUCAUUUAAGUUUAUAUUAAGAUAUCUUUUUGGACGGACUUGAAUACUAAAACUAAGCAAAUUAUAAUAAAAGAUCAUAAUUAUAUGUCAGUAUGUCCACUUGUAUAUCCAACUUUCCUUUCAUGCAUUGAAUAAGAAGAAGGAUCACGACUCUGCAUUUCAUGAAGUCUCUUAUAUUUGUGUACUCUUGCUUCAACCAAAAAUAGUAUCCCAGCAGGAAAGAGUAAAAUGACUCCAAUGCAACCAAGUGCAAAAGCCCAGCCAAGAUCAUUAUGUUCCCAGUUAGGCAUCCAGUCUCGUCCAUCACCUCUAGCUCCAAAUGUAACAACAGAUAUUAUCCCUGAAAAACCUAAAAAAAAUGUUAUAAAUUCAAUUAUCACCAUAGUAUAUUUAAACUGACUAAUGGGUAUGGUAAUAACUUAAAACGAAUGAAAAGAUAUGGAAGAGCUGACAAUGAUGUCAUUAAAACAAUAACAAGUACUAUUAAAACUUACGGAUUCAACAGAUUUGUUAUUUUUUUACACAAUAUAGAAUGGUAAACAAAUUUAGUUAUAAGAAAGUAUCAGUUACACUAUAGUUACUAUUUUUAAUCUAAAUUCAGGUAUUAUUAUUAUAUAUAAUAUUUAACUAUUACCAUACAGUACAAAUAUUAUACACGAACAUAGUUCAACUAUAGGUAUUUUUUAAAAUAUAUUUAAUUGCUUUUUUCAUAUCUAUAUUAUUAAACCAAAAAGUUAUGCAUUUUAAACAUAUACAUGACAUCAAGGUUUUAUUCUUUAAAAGGCUUUAUUUCAGAUAAGACAGAACAGAAAAAUAUGUAAAAUAGGUUAUAUGACAAGAUAGGUAUUGAAUUUACUGUUGCUGAAAUUUUAAACUACACUUACAAUAUAUGUAAAUAUUUUUCCCUAAAUAUACAACUAUUGUUUUAUAUAAUAUUAAUUUAAGACUGUUUAAACAGUAUUUUUUGUAUAAGAAUGAGGAAUCUUUUUAAUAAUUUACAUCAAUAUUAAAGAAUACACAUACCUCCAAUAACAAGAACAGUUCCUAAUGUUACUAAUAAUGUCACAUAAUUUUCAUCAUCUUUAUCUUUACCCAAAUACAAGUAUGACAAGAACAUUGAUGCUAACACACUGCACAUUGUGAUUGUGAAAAAAAAUUGAGUAGCUAUAAAGAAUCCUGGCAAAAGUACAUCAUGUAUUAUAUAGUACUCCUCUUCAAAUAUCCACCAACAGCCAGUAAACACUGUAUCAUACCAGUGAUGAAUUUCUUCAAAGCCAUUAAAACAUACCUCCCAUAGCCCUUUAACAAUAUAAUAAACUUAUUUAGGAUAUAAUUGAAAUCUUACAAGUUACAAAAUAAUAAAAUUGCUGAUACAUACCUAUCUUCACAAACUUAGGAUUUGCAAGUUUACCAUCGGUUACUAGCCAAUAUGGACUAACAAAUGCUAUUAUUAUAAAUAAAGAAGCUACUAAAAAGAAAUUUAAGGCAAAAAGACCAGUUUUAGAUUUACUAACCAUAUUUAAAUCAUAUAAAAAGCAAUUAGUAUAUAACUUUAAAAAAGAAAAAAAACUAAGUAGAUAUAUGGAAAUCGUUAAAUGAUCAAUACCUAUAAAGUUUAAUCAUAUUCAAAUGAAUUAAUGAAAAAUAUAACCAUAAAUAUAGUAAAUAUACAGAUACUAUAUUAUUAUAUUAGUAUUAUUAUAUUAGUAAAAACAAAUAAAGAGCACGCCCAAACAACAAAUCAACCGAACAAAUCUGGCAAGAUCUUCGUGACAUGUGAGGUUGCCAGAUGUAAAUUUUACUCAAAUCAAUAUGAUUUUCAGAAUCUUUAUCAGCAGGUUAAAAAGCACGCCCACACUCAUACAUCUAAUAUUACAACCUCCAAACUUAAGAAUAAGGAAUUACAUAGGAGUAAUAAAAUUGUCAAUUUAUAGCAGGCUAGUGUAUAGAAAAUGUUUGAUAUGUCAAUUAUUUGUCAAUGAAAAAUGUUUCACUACUAGAUUAUAUAUUCGACACAGUUUAUGUAAAAAGUAUGUAAGCAGGUUGUAUCUGAAUUUAAUAUGAUUAUAUGGCCGUAUAACAUCGGUUCUAAAAAAAAAUAAAAAAAUAAAAUGUAAUGUACAAAUUUUAUAGCAAAUUGUUUUAAUUGUGUUUUUUAUAUGUUAUUCGUAUAGUUUUUUUUUUUUUGAUAGGUGAAAAUGGUAUGUUAACCCCGCCUGCGCUAACGGGAUAUGCUGGCGGAGCAUCAAUGAAGGGUGAUAGAUGAGAAUGAAAACAGGCCAUGAUGAAUUCAUCAGGAAUUGACCAUGAUAGUUUCCAGGGAGAACCGCGCGGAGGUCGACCUGGUUGGAUAUAUUGCUAGCAAUGGAAUUCUCAGUCUCCAUUAUUAACAACCCCUUUCUCCCCUAUUUGUACAGUUAUGAUGUUAUAUGUAUGAAAAAUAGUAAAUAGAGUGUAAGUACUACCUAAUAGCGAUAAUUAAUAGUAUAUAUACAACAUAGGUCAAGAGAAAUAAAGGACUUUUCUCAUCGUUUUUUAUUCCCCCAUAAAAAUAGUCAUAGCAUUGAAAAUAGCCUAGGUAGGGCAUAGUAAACUUGUAAAUAGCUACGACUGCAUUGAUAGAACUUAGGCCAGUGCAGCCAAUAGGUCCCAAAUGGGACAAAUUCCUGAGAAAUCGGGAAAAUAGUUUAUAGAUUUAAAUAGGCCAUAAUAAGGUCUAUAAUAGAUAAUAUUAGUGUCGAAUAGACACAAAUAGUAAUAGCAGCAAAGCGUACCUAGAAAUAGGAAAAACAUUGUGAUGUGCGUUGCGCGGCGGUUAUCGUUCGACUGAUGCGCAAUCCUUUUUUUUUUCUGAAUGUAAGUGUUGUUGGCCGCAGAUGGCCUUUACAACUUCACCGAACUCGUGUGUGCAGGGACGAGUGCGGAUGGCACUCCAAGCCCGCGAGAGGGGAGCGACAGAGGUGUCGACUCUUUCUAAUGGACUGCGGCGUGCGGGCGCCUAAGUGGCUCGAACCUCGGCUCGGGCCGCCACACUUCGACCCCCGUUGAGGGACGGUGGGUCGGUGGAGCGAACGGGGGAACGAGGAGACGCCGCGGACGGCGCACUUUCGGGCGUAAAGUGACGCGCGACCCCGCGCUCCGUAAAAUAUAUAUACGCGGGGGAGGAGAGCGGGAACACAUAAAAGCCGCGACCCGCGGAAUCGUUAAUUAUUCGCUAACCGCACGCCGCGCAGCGCACAAGUCAUGCUAAACCGGUUGUUUAUGAGUAUGCCUACCAUUUAGGAUAAGUCCUAGGUCAAAACUUGUAAAAUUAUAGAUGACACAAUAAAUUUGCGUAUAGGGGGCGAGGAGACUAGUUUGCCGUUGGUCGGAUGCCCAGCGAUCAUAGUUCGAUAUAAAUAUAGGGCCCCUAUUGGCCAGGAUUCAUAGCGCAGUUGACCUCCAUUGAGAGCGAAACAAUAGCAAGAAAAAUAGCAAGAAUCGUGGAAGAUAGUCUCCUCACUUCAUUGCCGUUAUUCAAGUAUUA